AUGCGUGCCGAGUGCGCCGUUCGGUUUCGCUUCUCUCCUCUCACCGCGGCGUGGGCGACGGAUGCAUCGCUCCGUCUAAACGCCGAGUUGCUGGGUUAUCGCCAUGGGGAGGCAGGCGGCUCCCCAGAAGCGGAGUGCGCGGCGGCGCAGCUACAGGUGCUGCUCUACGUUUCUCGCUUCCACCAACUCCACGAAGUUUCCCUCGAGGAGGCUGUGGAGGAGGUUGCGGAAGGGCCCCAUCUCGCGCCUUCGCCACCAGCGUGUGCGACAGCGGAGAGCGAGGCAGAGUGCACUUCCUCACCCAUAAACUCUUUACACCGAAGCGGGGUAGUUGACCAGCGGCGCGUGCUCACAGUGCUGCACGACUUUUCGUGGCGUCCUUCGCCGCAUCCCAUCAAGCACACACGUCUGCGUAAUACUCACCCCCUAGCGUCUUCGCAUCCGUCCUCAAGCGACGCCAUGGAGCAAACGGCGGGCAAGUUGGACUCUUUUCCAGGAGCACGCGGACCAGCAGAGACCCCGCAGGCGCUUUUCUCUACCCUUCUUUCCACGAUUCCUUCUUCUGUGGGUGCCGGCAGCAACGAGGAAGAAGGUGAGGAGGGGGAGCGAGAAGCGGCGGGCGACAGGGAUCAGCUGGUGCUGCAAUUUGACUCCCUGUCUGCUUCUUCCACUGACGUGCAGGAGGUGGCUGCACCGAGUGAGGGGGGAGAGGAGGAGAUGGUCAAGGGAGAGGAAGAGACGAAGCAGAAAGCUCUUAUCGACGCUCAACCGAAGCAUCUUCCUGGUCAAGAAGCAGCGCCGUCCCCACCCCGUCCUUCGUCGGUUCCAACCGCCGAAGUUACCCCCGCUGCAGUGGCCGCUCCUCCUCAACGUCGUCUGCUGCUUCUGCGGCCUGGGAGUGCCAAGGAGGAAGCGGUGCCGACGCCUGCGACUGAAGUUUCGUGUGCAGACACUGCGUCGUCGUCACAGUCGCCGUCGGUGCCGAUCGCCAGCACGAUGCAACGACGACGAGUGCUGAACAUUAACGCCGCUGCGAAGCCUCCGCAGGCGGCGCAAGCGUCAGUUCCGCCAACCGAAGCACCACCACUACCACCUUCCACCACUGACUCUCUUUUUGUGGAGGCUCCGGCUCCGGUUCUUCUUGGGGCAGCGGCGUCACCCCUAACAGAUGAAGCUGCGAAAAACGAGGAGACGAGAACCGCAGCUUCGCCACGGGAGGAAGAGGAAUCGUGGACUCCUUACAUUUUCUCCUUCACCUACGACCCUUCCUCUCACAGUGUCGCGAACGCUGCUGCACUGGUUGAUAGCGACGGUGAUGUCCAAGUGCAUGGUCCACAGCUGCGUCGCCGUCUCAUUGCGGUGCACUUAAGCUUCAACGAUGCCGCAGCGGUGCACAAGACCACAUCGUGUGUUCGCGGGUCCUCAAAGAUGCGUGUCAGCAAACGUGACGAGCAGCGAGAUGCAGCGCAGACGCAUUCACAUGCGUUGCGGUCACGUGCCAGCGUGGCGACGUGUGGGUGGUUCACAGGGACCCCUGCGUGUUCCUCAACCGCCUCACAGCUUCUCAGCUGUCGCGACAGCGGCUACGCGUUCAUUACCGGCGACGCUUCGCUUCACACGUGCUGGAUUUGCCCUCUGGUCGCAUCGAUAUUUGAACCCGCAGGCAAUGGUUUGGAUGCGGACAAAGAAGACGGCAGUGAAUGCAAAUGUGCCGAAGGGUCACCGCUGCUAGCGGGGCCGCUUUUAGAUGUGUGGGUGUCCGCCGUGUCCGCUGAUGUGAGUGCACAGAGGGUGGGCUGCAGCACAUCGUCGCCGUCUGCGCAGGCACUACACACGUCAGUUAAGAAAGAGCUGUUCGACGAUGAGAACCGUUCGGCGGCCUUCUCUCUUUCCGGGGAUUCUUGCCCUGCUUGGUCUGCCCUGCCUUGCCUUCAUUUUACCCCCUCGUGGCUCUCGCAGCUUUCAUGCAUCUUUGCACCUCCGCGGGUGUCGCACGAUGCUGACGGAGCGACGCUUGCGGUAACGUCUUUUCACGAAAGGGAAAGCGGAGUCUCGCCGCGGCGUGCGACCUGCGUGCAGUGGCCCUCGACAAUCGCUGCGGGUUUGACGUGGACGGCCUCCCAAACAACGGCCGACUGCAUCGUUCUCCGCCCUUCAUUUCCUCCUGCACCUUCGUCUGCCCUUGAGGCUUCUGACUUCGAGGUGAGAGGAGAUGCGCUGUGUGUGUGCUUGCGAAGUGACGUGUAUUUGAUGGAUGCAAUAUACGCUUACUUUCAGAAAGUAAAAGGCCGGUGGUGGAAAGCGAUGAAAGCCGCGACGAUUUCUCUUGCUGAAGCUCCGCUCGCACGCUCCGCUUGUGACGAGGCGAAGCCCCCGCAGAUUGUGCUGACGCGCAUCGCACCCGCCAGCCUUUCGCUGCGCGGUGGCGCUGCGGGAAGCGUGAAUGGAGUUCUGCUGGCGGAGGAGACGGCGUGCGCUGCCGAUUUUGCCGGGCGGACAGGAAAAAGGCGAAUGGGGAACCGGACGCAGCGCAGCUACUCCACUGCGGCCCUGCGCGCUCGUGUGGCCGUCACCGCCGCCAUUCUACAGUACUUUCUGUGGCAAGCGGUGGAGACAUCCAAUGCGGAUAGCAAUGCGCGUACGGCGAACGAGAUGGACCGAAAAGGCGCAGCUGAAGCUAUCCACACGAGAGAGUCUUUUCCUCCGACAUCGCAGAGUGCGGCGGACUUGAGAGAAGAAGCGAUCCGCAUUGCGUGUGUUGCGCGAGCGCUCGCGUUGCAGUGGGUGUGCAGCGACGCUGCUGUAACGCACACCAGCGCAAACGUCACGCAGCAAUUUGUAGCCGAGGAGAUGUUCAUCCUGACCUCCGCAUCUGCUGUGGGGCGGCUGCUUCAACCUAGCGGCUUCGGUGCCGCAGAAAACCAGCGCGAGUCUUCGGCAGCCGCUUUACAGAUCCUGAGAUCUUUCCAGCAGCGCUAUACCACAGCGGCGUUCACGGCCCUGUCCUGGUUGUCACGUAGCACAAAAGACUUGCAGUGGUUGCAACGUCGCGGCGUGGCCACGGCGGGCUUUCUUGCAGAUCAGCAAAGGCUAUGCCGCUGGGCAUUGCAGCCGUACGCAUCGUCUCAAAAGAAGAAGGCAUUAUCGUUCGCGUCGCAGGAGGAAUCUGAAAACCUUCCGUGGUGCAACGACUUCGCUGUUCCGCGAUUCAUGAAGCGGCUCUCGCGGACGUGUAUUGACGCACCUGCGUCCGCUUCCGGUGACGGCGGCGAGUCCGGGAAGGAGUCGUCGACUCCACUCGUGGGCACUAUUGGCGUGCGCAUUCAACAUACUCCUGUGCUCAAUGCCUUGCACAUCCAGCUUGACUGGAAAGUGACGUCGCCCUGCUCGGCCACCGGCCUCGCUGCCAUUACCGGUACCGACGCGGCUACAGCCGUGGAGCUGCCCUUCGUUCUUCUCGUGUUUGUUCUGCAAGAGAAGAAGGCCAUCACGGCCGGGGACUCUCCGAAUGCGUUGGAUGGUGAAGAACACCGCGACGAUACAUCCAACGGUGGCGGCAGCAAUGAAACUAUGGUACGUCUUUAUCAAGCCACCCCGUUCUCUUGGUACCUGCCGGUGCAAAACUGCACGACUGCCGGCUCCACCGCCCACGUGGCCCUUUCGGUGAUGCACGCACUGGAUUUGGUCGCACGCCGUCCUGAUGCAUUCGAAGGCUUCAACGUGCAGACCGUGACGGGACUGGGCACCGCGAUGCAGGAGGAGAUGAAGAAGCCAAGUCGAGAGGGGAGGAGGGGUGGAGCGGUGAAACGACGACGAGCAGCGAAGAGGAGAAACCCUACCGAGCCCUCAACUUUGAAAGGCGCGUUGAGAGGCAGCGAGGACGUCACAACUGGAACGGGAAAGGGAAGGCCAAAGCGUGGACAAGCAACAGGUGCCACAGCACGCAAGCGUCGACGUACGCGGCGCAGCGCAGACAGCAACGAAGACGAUACCGAUAGUAACGACAGUGACUCAGACCGCUUCGAAGACGUCGAUGAGUUCACCGGCGAAGACUCUGCGGAGGAGGUGGAGGACAGCAAGAGCGAUGACGACGAAGCUUUCGCCGUAGACGUGGGCUACGAAGACGGCGGGGAAGAUGAAGACGGUACGCUGUUCUUAAAUCUCGGGAGCGGAGCUGGCCGCAAAGCUGGCAAGUCUGCCACAUCAGCAGGUCGGCGCGGGGCAACUGGCCACGUCGGUGCGGGGCCGCAAUCUGUCCUCGACACGGCACGUGUCAUUCCGUUGAUCGUGUUAAGGAAGGAUUGCACCGCGCCGUUCCUGGAGGUUGAGGUGCGCUACGCGGAACUGCUCGCCGCGGGGUUGCUUGCCGCUGGGUACGGAAGCGACGCAACGACUCGAGACCGAGAGAACAGCGAUGACUUCGCCAACAGCACAGGCGCCACGGCUGCCCUUUGCAACCUAUUAAGCCAUCUCACUGGCUUCGCUACUGUGCACGCCGCUAACUCAGAUUUAAUUGUGCAACUUCGGGCACGACAAGAAUGCGCGUCUCUUCUUUCUGUGCCACCCACGACGACUUCCUAUGCGGAGGUGAGUGCGCUGACAGAGCCGAGUGUGCUCUGUGCGUACACAGAGCUGUUUCGUGGCGCGCUGAAAGCGUUGACCGGCACUGGAGUGACAUUCACCGCCCUCGUGGAUAUGGUGGCAGUGGAUAGGGUUCUAUCGAACGUCUUGAGCGCGACAAACACCAUGCAAUCGGUGCAAGGGGCAUUAAACGAGUACGCGCGUCAAGACGCCGCGUGUCGAGCCUGCCUCUUGUCGCAUGAGUGGGAGUCGGGGUCGGAUGUCGUUUUAGAAACGAGCGGCAUCCCCAGUGCCACCGCAGCCACCACGACCACGCGUAAACGGAAUAGUACGAAAGCGAAGCAGCAGCAGCAACUGCAGCAAAAGGUAGCGGAGCAGCGUAGUGAGAACGAGGUGCAGGAUACCUGGACACCUGACGUGGAUGCCGAAUGCACGUUCUUGUCCACGUUUUACAACUGCGUCCUCCCUCCCUCUUUCCGCUCACGACGGACGGCAGUACGCCGGCUCCUGUCGAACAGAGAGGACGCGGCUACUGACCUCGACAAGUGGACGUGCAACGACAAAUUUCCCAGCUGCUUGUCGUACGAUGCGCUAAAGGAGAGGAUGGACGUACUGCAGAGGUGCGUUUUGCAGUCGGAGUCGAGCUUCAACGAGCACGCCCAAGUCAGCUCACCGGCAGCGAUGCCCCAUCCGACUUCCACUGCGGCUCCCUCAGCGCUGCGAUUACAGCUGAGGACUCUGUCCGUGUCACAAUCAGCGGCAGCUCCCUUGCCGGCGCAGCCUUUACCCAGCCCACCCGCGCAUCUUUCCUCUCCAGUUGUUGCCUCCUCGAUUGUGGGGCCAACUCCUCCGAACAGAGGCCUUCUUCCGCUGUCCAGGCUGUGUGACUUGUGCGGCACACACCUCGGCUGCUCGGCAGCUUCCUUUUCGGGUACCGAAAAGUGCGGAGGCGUCAGCGAAAAUGCGAACGGACACCGACUCGGCAGCCGUGUUUCUUCACAUGAAGCAAUCUACAACAUGUUGAGUGCCAGCGCAGAUGCGCUCCUGACAGGCUCACCUGCACGCCACUUCUCUUCCGCUAAAACAGCUGCAGCAUCCCUGGGGCUCUCUGUUGCGCAGUUGGCGUCGAGCGAGUUGCAAGGAUGGCCCUCGUGA